AUGGGCUCAAAGACUCCCGAAAAAGAUGGCCCCAAUGGCCGAGAAAACACAACCGCUCCCAUCGAGUCCCCUUCUGGUGGAAUGCCACGAGGUGUGCAUCUCGCAACGGAUGGAGACGGUGCGAUCGGCGACAGCGACGAUGAUGAGGACGGCGAAGCGCAUCAAACCGCGCUAACGAACGCGACCCCGACUGGCAACCAGAAAAAGAAAAGAAAGUCGAAGAAGAAGAGCAAGAAGAAGGCCGUCAAGCAAUCUUCUCCUCCUCGAGUCCCGCUCUCUCAGCUCUUCCCGCAGGGAAAAUACCCUGUCGGCGAAGUCCAGGAAUAUCAGUCUAUUGUGGAUAACGCCUCACGGACUACCGGCGAGGAAUUGCGCUAUUUGUCCCGCCGUCAUCUCGAGGACGACGCGUUCUUGAACGACUAUCGAAAGGCUGCGGAGGUCCACCGCCAGGUCAGGAAAUGGACGCAGGAGCACGUCAAGCCCGGUCAGGGCCUGAUGGAAAUCGCCGAGGAUAUCGACGAUGGCGUGCGUGCGCUGCUGGGCCAUGCUGGUCUUGAACCGGGCGACAGCCUCAAGGCCGGACUGGGUUUCCCAACUGGCCUGUCUUUGAACAACGUUGUCGCGCACUACACGCCUAAUCCUGGACAGAAGGAUAUUAUCCUGAAGUCGAGCGAUGUGAUGAAAGUCGACUUUGGCGUCCACAUCAAUGGAUGGAUUGUGGACAGUGCGUUCACGAUGAGCUUUGAUCCGGUUUAUGACAAUCUGCUAGCCGCGGUCAAAGACGCCACUAAUACUGGCUUGAAGACCGCUGGAAUUGAUGUUCGCAUCAGUGAUGUUAGUGCAGCUAUCCAAGAGGCUAUGGAAAGCUACGAAGUCGAAAUCGGAGGGAAGACAUUCCCCGUCAAGGCAGUUCGGAACAUCACUGGCCACAAUAUCCAGCAUUACCGCAUCCAUGGCGGAAAGUCGAUCCCCUUCGUUAAGAACUCGGACCAGACUAAGAUGGAAGAAGGAGAAAUCUUUGCCAUCGAAACCUUUGGAAGCACUGGCCGAGGCUAUAUACAUGAUGACGUCGGCGUCUACGGCUAUGGAAAGUCGUAUGAUGCGCCAAGUCAGGUGUCGUUGCCUCUGGCCUCCGCAAGGUCCCUGUACAAGACUAUCAACGAGAACUUUGAUACCAUCGUCUUCUGUCGCCGCCAGCUGGACCGCCUGGGUCUGCAGCGGUACUUAGCGGGCAUGAAUACUCUCGUGCAGCACGGAGUUGUCGAUGUUUAUGCCCCUCUCGUUGAUGUCAAGGGCUCGUACUCUGCGCAAUUUGAACAUACCGUCUUGUUGCGAGAGUCGAACAAGGAAGUUAUCAGUCGCGGAGACGACUAUUGA